AUGGGGUACGCUAAAAGAUCCGAGAACAAAAAGAGAAACAUGGUUAUCGAUCACGAAGAAGCUAAAAUGUGGAUGUCAUAUCUGAAUCUUUCCCGAUUCAAUCAAGCUUCUGAAGGUGAAGAGUCACACGAGCCGACUUCAUCCGAUGAACAAAUGGAUAUUGACCCACCAACAGCACAAGAUACACCAAAUCAAGAUGACAAGGAUUUGGUCUGCCCGCAUAAUAGCGGACUAAAAUUUCCCUUGAAAGGAUCACACAUUCUUUUGUUUUCGAUCCUUCUGAUUUUCUUUGACAAGAAGAAAAAGAAGGCAAAUUCUACCAGAUCGAAUGAAGACGAACCAAAGAUUGGGGCGAACAAGGUCUCUGAUUUCCUACUCUUAUGGAUUAUUCCUUAUUUGCUUAGUUAUACCCAUAAGAAAGUACGAGAGAUCGUGAAGCACCAUAAAGAUCACAACCGUCGCGAGUUUCGGUCAACUUGCAAAAAGUCCAGUUUUGAUGUCAUCAAGGAAGCAAUGUCUACUUGUGGAUUUCCAGCUGAACUUAAAACAACCAUUGUAUCGAAAUACAAAGAUUUUUAUGGAACGGAACAACUAGAAUAUGAGUACGAUUUGCUGAAAAGUCCCGAAAACACGCCAGUGAUUUUAGUGCCAAAGCUUUACAAGGUCACGCAAAUGCCAGCAAAUCUUGACGAUAUUGGAAACAAAUGGCGUGAGCUUGGAGAUAUAACACUAACUAAACUUUUUGUUUGUAAGUUUAUCAAAAGCAGGGAAAUUCAAAGAGAUGUCUUCUAUUCGUUGCCACUCUUGACAAGUCGACAGGGUGUCGAUUAUGCGAUUAUCCUGCCUAAUGAGGAUACAUUCCAUAAAGUAAUAGAUGAUCUGUCAGAAGGAAGUCAUGAUUACUUUAUCCCUCCGAAAGUUUAUCCCAAAGGAGGCUGUGAGAUCAUCGUGCCAAGUGUUGGGUUGGUUACCACAAGGGAGAAACAUCUAAGUGUUUGCUUUUCCUACAUUCAAGGUAAGCUCGCAGUUUUUCGUUGCAAACUUUUUACUUUUUUUUUUUUUAAAAGAAAAUUGCCCUCACAUUAAUCUCACAUUUGACAGCUAGACUAGCAACACCUGGGCGUCAACUCGUGUGUCACGUGUUGAUUGCCUGAUGUGAGAUUAAACGAAUAAGGAUAUUGACCAUACUCUAUAAAAUCAGAAGUUUCAGUUGGUGUUUAUUUUUCACCUUAUUGUGUUACUUCAAUUCUCUAACUUUUCAUCCCAAUGGUGACUUUCCAUAAAAGCUUACAGGAGGUGAGUAAGUUGUAAUGAUUUUACGUGUAAAAUGUUCAUAUUUCCAAAAAUUUAUCAUUGUAAAUUGACCAUAUUUCAUUCCCCAUACUAUUCCUUAUAACUUGUUUAAAUCCUCAAUGGUUCCUCACGCAACUUAACACCGAGUUACACAACACAUGGCACCUUCAUGAAUUAAUUGUUUUCUUUUUCUCGAAAUGUGAGCUCAGGAUGCCUGUGGUCAUUCAGCCUUCUCAAAAUUGUGUUACUGAGUAGGCAAAUUUUAUUAAAGAGUAAGCUGGGUUGGUAUGAAGGGUGCCACCCCCCCCCCUCCCUCUCCAGCUCCUUCCUCUUGAUGUUUUUUAAAUAUGCAUCAAGGGGAUGCAUUGUGGUGCAUUCUGAGGUUUUUGGAGGGAAAGCAUUUUUUUCAUCAACUCACAACAUAAACACCACAAAUAUUUAUGGAAAUGACCAGAGGAUAUGCAGAAAAUGAGUGGAGUGUUGUUAAUAUUGCAGAAAUGUUUUGUGAAGUUUGGGCUAUAAUAAAAAAAAAAAUUAACAUCAUCAGUAGUCUUUUAAUUUAUUUUGCAUCUUCAUUUCAAAGUGAGGUAUUCUUUUUUUUAUGAAAUUCUGACUCUCCACCCUUUCAAGGCUCAUGCUGAAAAUUGCAUCUGAGCCUCCUGUUAUUUGGUUCAACACAGGUCAUGAAUUCUAGGGUAAGAGCUAGUUGUUUUAACAACAGGGAAUCUGAUAAUGAAAUUUGUUGUAUUACAAAUUUUAUUAGAUUCCUCCAUGGGAGAGAAGAACCCUCUAAAUUUUCCUUGCUCCUAAUGUGUGGCUUUGUAGCCCAGUUAGUAAUGGCACCCAAUAGUAUCUGGGAAGCACAGGUUUGAAUCCUAUCAAUCCUUAAAUUAUUUUCAGGCUUCUUUCUGCAAUUGCUGAAAUUCCAGCUCAUGCACCUGCAAGGAUCAUUGCUCUAUUUGAUUUUCAAUCUGCAGGUCAGAUGAAAUAUAUUUUUGAAUCAGUACAAAUUGAUGGUCUAUGCUUGAUUGCUUGUAGGAAAAGGGGGAGAGAAAGUGGCUGCCUUGUUCAGGGCCAUCGGUGCUCAUUAUCAGGAUCACUUUUCUUUGGUAAUCUUGCCUGGGUUGUGCAAAAAUGAGCGGGACCCUGACUGCAAGGUCGGUGUGAGUGGUAUCAGGGAGGUCACUUUUGAAGGCAAUUAUCCUAAGCUGAUCAAGAAAACUUCUUUUUCGGCCAGUCAGGGUAAAUUCUGUCUGGCAGAGUUUCCAGUAACAUACAAGUUAUGGGAACAAGAGGUCAGGAAGAAUGAUUCAGUAAUGAAACUGGUGACAGCAACAAGAAACAGUUUGCGAGUGGACCCCAAGUAUGAACGGAAUGCACCUCUUGUUGUUGAAUACAGCAAGAAAUGCCAUGAACAGAAGCUGAGGAGAGUGCCAUUUGGAGCAACUACUGCAACCAAUGACAAACUUGUAAGAAACUACAUGUUAAGAGCAGUAAAUCUAGAUGGAUGUUUACUUAGCAACAUUGAGAAAAGUGGACAUAGAGGUAACAUCGCAGUUGUCCUUUACAUAGAAGAUAUCUGUGGAAAUUUUGGCAGUUGUUUGCCAAAUUUGUCAGAAGCCAUGGAAGUCAUAAUAGCAAAUUUUGUUAGGGAAAUUGUUUCUGCUGGCCUUCCUAAAGGUGAGAGCUAUUUUUUCGUAUAAUUUCUUCCGUGAAUCAGUUAGGCUUUUCCUAUUAUAUAUAUAGAUAUGUAUGUAUGUAUAUAUGUAUGUAUAUAUGUAUGUAUAUAUGUAUGUAUGUAUGUAUAUAUGUAUGUAUGUAUGUCUGUCUGUCUAUCUGUCUGUCUGUCUGUCUGUCUGUAUGUGUGUAUGUAUGUUUAUAUAUAACGUAUACUUGCAUUCAGUAAAGAGUGAUUGGAUGGUUCAAGUCUUUUAAAUUUUAGUACUAAUUAACAUGAGCACCCUUCAUUUAACAAAGCUGUUGAAAAACUAACAUUGAAAAAUGUAAAAUCAGGGUUAAUCCUAGAUACUAAGGAAAAGCUUUUGAUUCUGAUCAAUUUGCAUUCUAUCCUUCUAAAUCAGAUGACAAAGACAGGGAUGAGAUUGAAAGUGGUUCUUAGGAGGAGGAGGAUGAUGAAGAAAGUUCUGAAGAUGAACCAUCAGCCUCUGGACCCAAUCCAGCUGGUUGGUAGAAUGCCAAAUGUUAUUAAUAUCAUUAUUAAUGAUAAUAAAAUUAAUAAUAUCAUUAUUACUGUCAUGACAUCUUCCCUAGCCAUAGCUUUGUUGAUAUGACUUGGGUGUCUGUCAUUAUAAUUACUAAUAAUUACUAUUUUAUAAUCACAAUAAUUAGAAAUCAUUCUAGCUAAGUUGUUAUUAGUAUUUAUAUUAUAAUUAUUGUUAUUAUUCUUAUUAAUUUUAUCAUGAUCACUGUGUUUGACUUCAGAUGAACACAGCAGUCAUCAGAGAAGCAAAAGGCUGCAACACUGUCAAAUUACAUCAAACACUAUUUUGAUUACAUAUCAGCCAAGAAAAUUUUGAGAUUAACUUGCAUCUGUAAAUGGCAUAUGAGUAAGACUGACAUAGAGCUAGAUUUGAAUAUUGUAGGCUCCUUGCAUACUGGGAACAUUGUCAUCCUUCUACUCCAGUUAUUUUAUAUCUGGAUUUGGUCAGGGUAGUUAAAGGGUUGCAAAUGAGAUCCUGUUGCAGGGGAACUUUGUUAGUUACCUAGAAGGGUUUCACUGCUUCAGUUUGUUGAGAAAGUUAAAGCUUAGCAGAUGGUUAACAUUAGUUGUAAAAUAUGAUAUCCUCGACAGUCUUUCUUUUCUCAUUGGAAACAUCAGUCUACUUCCAAGACCUAGAGAGAAAACCCUGAGGUAGAACUCGGGUCAACUCCUUGGCAUAGCUACAGUGUAUUGAUAACACAUUCAUUGUUCCUGGGUUGUCUUUGUAAUGUAACUUGUACCUAUUUCUCCACAAGUCAGAGGUCUAAGAGUCCAUGAAGCAACUCAUGUAAGUCUAAAGAGUCAAAAAUAGCUUAAUAUGUAUUUUUAUUUCAUUAAAAUUUUCAUGCAGUGUUUUGACUUUAAAACAUAGUAUUACUAAUUUCCAAGUAUGUUCAUUGCGACUCGCAGGUGAUGACCAGGAGUUUGCCGACUUUUAUGCAAGUCAGCAGCCAUCUACAAGUGGAUCUGGCAGACCACAGUGUAAGACUAAUAAUCAGUCUGGGUUCAUGAUUAUCGCAUCUAUAAAAUAUUCAAGAUUUACUGACGUGCACUCUCAUUGGUUGAUCGAUUGGUGUGUUUAGUUGAAAGUUUGUAAGAAAAUUUCUAGUGCAAAUAUUAGGGCAAUGGAGAAAAAUUUGCCGCUUUUUAAUUUGAGUUUGGGAACCUCUUUUCCCCUUCCUGAGCCCGAGAAACCUCAAGCAAAGAAGUAAAUUUCAUAAAAUGAAAUUUUCUCUGGGACAUCCACAGCGUAAAAAGCUAUUUUCACAUUGGCUAUGAUAUUUGUUAACUUUUUAAAUUCAAAUUAGAAUAGCAAAAGUAACUAACCAGCAAAACUUCCCAAGGUACGAUGAGCGAUUCAACUUCUCAACCACGUCUCGGGCAGCCAAAUCGGGCGACGUUUUCUCACUUUCAAAAGCGAUUAAUCACAGUGACAUUCAUCUUCAGGUUAAAUAAACUCCUCCUCUUGAAGUUCUUUCCUGAAAGAAUCUUAUAUUUUUUAAGCAUCCCGGUAUUUUUGUGUCAAAUUUACGAGGAUUCAAGCUGACAUCGUUUCAUUCACACAGUGAAGGCGCCUGCUACAAAUUUCAACUUGGCUUUGAUUUGUAUAGCGCGAAAUUUGAUUAGUUUAUGUGUUAUCAGAUGCGCAACUUGAUCGGCUAGUAGGAAAUACCAUCGUCCAGUGUGUGUAUUAAGGAAAUGUAUAUCAGUCAUGAAGGAAAUGACAUUUUCCUUCGUUUGUCAUGUGAAAUAUAUUUUAUAAAAGCAAUCCUCGACUGGGUCUCGGGUUUGCAUAACUUUCGUAGCUCCUGCCCAUCCCCUCGUGUUUAGACGAGGCUAUGUAAACAUGAAAAAAGUUCUCUAUUGCUUUUUAUAAUUUAAACCGACUAACUGGCCAGUAUCCUUACUUUGUUUUCUUUCCACUUAUAUUUUUGCCUGAUACUGGAGUGUUUCCAAAACAACAGCUUUAUAACGAUCGUUACAACUUGAUAUUGAACUUAUAUUUAACCUAUGACGUGACCACAAAUAGUGCUGUAUGCUUUUGUCAUGGCUUAAUGGCGACUGAGAAAUUAUCUGAAAUUGUUUUACUUGGUUCUCUGUCUUAAGUCCGCUAAUGAUUGCUCUUUAUUUAUGCUUCUCAUUAACAAUUAAUUUGUCUUUGUAGUCAAACAAGGUACACCCAGUGACUAUGAACUGGAACGUCUUGCCUCAGGGCUUGGUGAUGCUUGGAAAAAGCUUGGGCGCCGCUUGAAAAUCCAAGAUCCAAAGCUUGAUGAUCUGAACAAAUUAAACGAGGAUCUCUCCGAAAAGGGAUAUAAAAUGCUCAGGCAUUGGAAGGAGGUAAACGGUUCAGCCGCAACUUACGAGAUUUUGGGUCAUGCCUUAUUGCAUGGGCUUGUGAAUCGGCGAGAUUUAGCGGAGGAAUUUUGCUAUGAGAAACAAUAAACGAAAAAAGGGGCCCCUAACGUUACUAACAGAUUGUAUAUUUUGUAUGUACUAAUUUUAAUCUUAAUUUAAUCUUAAUUUUGUGAGUAUCUUAUUUUGAAGAAAAAAUUUUCAGCAGAAGAUUACCCCAGAGUCAAAUAAUUUCUUACUUCCGGAAGUGAUCAGCUGACUUGUGAAAUAAGUGUAUCGCUGCUUUAAUAUAACUUUUAGAUGCUCGUGGAACUACAAAAUUAUUUGUGUCAGGGCUGUGUUCGAUGAAGUAGUACUAUUUUUUAGUGGCAAAUUUUUUCCAACACCCUGACAGCUUGGUUUACACGUCCACUAAAACAGGAAAAGUUUUUUGCGACUGCUAUAGAGAGGUAUCAUCUUGCAAUAGUAUUUUUUAAAAAGUGAACGUUACAUAAGGUUUCACUCUAAAAUAGUUUAUGAAUAGUUAUACAGAUCUGUUU